AUGCUGCCAGCUAUCACCGACUCUGAGGUUACUUGCGCCCUAGGUGGAAGGAUGCCCGGCUCGCUGCUGGCGGCCGCGGCGCUCGACGACGACCUGUCGGACCUGCGGGACCUCUUCUGGCCGCUCAACGACUCCUGGCUGCUCGACGGCUUCGACGACUUCCACCACGACCACUUUGAGAACGCCGGCGACUUCUUCCCGGAGGCGCAGAGCACGGCUGCGCCGGCCGCGCGGCCGCCCCCGGGGCCGCCGGACCCUGAGUUCGACUCCAACCUGGUGACGAACGUGACGGCACAGCUGGGCGGCACCGCCUUCCUGCACUGCCGCGUCCGCAACCUGGGAGAGCACACGGUGUCGUGGGUGCGACGCCGCGACUGGCACAUACUCACCUCGGGCCUCUUCACCUACACCAACGACGAGCGGUUCCAGGUGGCCCACUCCACUGACGAGGACUGGAGCCUCCAGAUCAAGUACGUCCAGAAGCGUGACAACGGCACCUACGAAUGUCAGGUGGCGACCGGGGCCGGCACCAUGUCGCACUACUUCAACCUGCACGUGGUGGCGCCGGCCGCCUUCAUCCUGGGCAGCGGCGAGUACCACAUCGGCGAGGGCAGCACCAUCUCGCUCGUCUGCAUCAUCGAGAACAGCCCGACGCCGCCGCAGUACGUGUUCUGGCUGCACAACGAGCGCGUCGUCAACUACGACGGGUCGCGCGCCGUCGCCGUCAGCACGGAGCCGGGCCCGCGCACGCACUCGCGCCUCCUCAUCCCGCGCGCCACGCGCCGCGACUCGGGCAACUACACGUGCAGCGCGCCCGACACGCAGCCCGACACCAUCAACGUGUACGUCUCGCAGGGCGCCACAACAGAUGACUGUAUUACCGUUGACCUUUGUGAAAGCCCUGAGAGGAGACGUGAGGAAGAUUUCCGAUGGGCACCAGCAGCUGCACCCUAUAUAGAACAUGGACACCAACGGACUGGAGCUCCGACCACCGGUUCCACCACAGCAGACACAGGACACCACACAAGAGAUGCAGCUGACGGCCGCUCCAGGCUAGACCGUGGUGGCUGCCAGUGCUUCCACCGAGAGCGUGAUAGGCCAGGCCCAACACGGAGGAUACGCAAUCCAAACAGCCGAAGCGGAAGCAAAGCAACGGAAACAGCGUCCACUGAAGAGAAGGAAGAAGCGUCGACUGACUUCUGCUGA